UGCCCGCCAGUCCAGAGGCGGUGUCGUUCGCGGCACACCGUCUCAGUUUCGCGUCCGCGUCGCGCUUUCCGUCGCGUUCCGCACACGCUUUCGAUUCGCGGUUUCGAGUUUAUUGUCGCUUCCGAAAAAGACUUGUUCACUUUCGCUGCGUCGUUGUUUUAGCUUUCCCUUUUUCCCCUCGUCGCGAAGGGUCUUUUAAUAUUUUUUUCUCGCCCCCCGCGUCGCGCCGAAAAGGCCGCAGCCGCCGUCGUCGGCAUGGCCCCGGACACGAUCGAGCCCAGUGACCGUUGCACGGGAGCAGUGCAUUGAGCAGUUGUGUGUUUGUGUGUGUGUGUGUGCAAGAGGCCGACCGGCCAGGACUAUUGUGCCAGUGCCAGUGACCCCGAGCCAUGGGGAUGGAGUACUUUCAAGAAUGGAAUACCAACCGCGAGACUUCAUCCAGCACCACAACCACCACCAUGACCACCCAAGCCUCCAAGUUAUACGGCAAAGAUUUAUCUGUCUACGAUGAUCUGGAUGUUGAUACAUUGCUGUCUCAACUGAGCCCUGAGGAAAUAUCUCUUCUCGCAAAAGAAGUUGAUCCUGAUGACAACCUACUUCCUCCAUCACAAAGAUGUGGCUACGAAUGUGAUAAGGAACCUACAGGCCCUUUGGACCGUAAAAAACUCAUUGAGCACAUUAAUAAGCAAGCGUUGGAAACUCCUGAUCGACCUGAGGCCAAACCAUUCGUUGCUGGUGUUGUUCGUGGGAAAAAGUGGGUUGCCCCAGAACAAUCACAACAAGAACGAGAUGCAGAAGAGCAAAUUGCCAUUGAUAUGGGUGAUGAGUAUGAACAUGCUCUCAAUGAUGCCACUCAAGAAGAAAUUAUUGAUUUGGCUGCUAUUUUGGGCUUCCACUCCAUGAUGAACCAAGAUCAAUACCAUGCUUCACUUUUGAACAAGGGCCAGCCUAUUGGUCUAGGCUGGGAUGGUAUUACCAAGUCAACACAACCUAAAGCUUAUCCUGCAGAGCCCCCAAAUCUGACAGACAUUGAUAAAACAAUUCGACAAGUUCAGGAGGAUGACCACACACUCACAGAUCUGAACUGGAAUAAUAUAAAGAAUAUUUCUGAUGAGAAAUUUGAAACCCUUUUCGAUGCCUUGCCUGAAAACACGCAUCUUGAGGUUUUGAGUCUUACUAAUACUGGUUUGACUGACCGUGUCGCAUCCAAGUUGGCUGAUGCUUUGGAAAGAAACCAGACUCUUCGGGUAUUGAACAUUGAAACUAACUUUAUCAGUCCACCUGUCGUUGUUAAACUGGUGAAGGCACUGCUCAAAUCACGAACCAUUGAAGAGCUCCGUGCUGCUAAUCAGCGGUCACAAGUAUUGGGCAACAAGAUUGAAAUGGAAAUCACCCAACUCGUUGAAGCAAACCCGUCGCUUCUUCGACUUGGGCUACAUCUUGAGUACAACGAUGCUCGUCACCGUGUUGCAUCUCACCUUCAGCGUAACAUAGAUAGGAGGAGGAGGGAGGCUCAGGAAGUAAGGUGUGCCGCAACAAUCCGACUGCCUCGUGCAUCUCUUAAAAAAAUUGAGGUUCCUGAAUCCAUCUCCUCUCUGUCUCCAUCUCCUUCUCCAUCCCCUCAACCAUUUACUUUGGUGACUGAUGAGGACAAUACAGAGAGUAUUGUCCCCUCAUCUCCAGAACUUUCUCCUUCAACUCCUGCUGAUGAAAAUCCCUUUUAGCCUAUCUGAACCAUUGCUUAGCUAGGUGCUCUGCAGCAUGUCUGCUCUUACAGCUUGUUUGCCGUGUCGUGCACAAACUUCUUUUUCUCAACUUUGUUUUUUUUAAUUGUCUUCUAUUGCUGUUUAGCACCUAUGCUUUCAUUUUUCAUCAACUGACAGGGUUAUGAAAUUCAAAUUCAUUUAAGUCAUGAGGUCUUCAUAUUGUAUCUGAUCUGGUAUAUUAACUACUUUCUCCCUUGUGUGCUCAUUCAUUUAAUGCUUUCUAGGUCUGGCAAAUCUUCGUUAAUAAUCCUUGUUUUGGUAUCAAUUUCUAAGAGAUUGCAGAAUGCAUGGCUAAGGAAUAUCUUUGUAAAAAUUAGAAAUGGACACAAUCAUAAGCUAGUUUUGUUUUAUAUGCUGUUUAGAUUAUGUUUAGUGGUAAACUGAGCAUUUUGAGUCGAAGUAUCAAUGUCAGUUUAACAGUUUCAGUUUCAAGAUUGACAAGAAGGUGUACACACUAUCUGUUGUAUUGGGGAAGUAUGUACACUUAAGUUCAUUUUAGUUACCACAUUUUUCUGAAGUUUUAAUUUUUAGUUUGUUAAAUAUUUGAGGCAUUGUAUGUUAAUUUCUGUCUGGUUGCAUUCAACUUGUGAAUUGCCGUGCAUGAUUAUGUGUAUUGUGUUUUUACAAUCUAGAUCAUGAGACAUUGCAUGUAGCUUUCUAGCUUAGCUUAUUUUGGCCUUCUCCUCUUCUCUCCUUACUCUUUUGGACCUUAUUUCAACCAACAGAAACCUACUGUAAUGUAGGUUUUCCUGCACCAGACGACCUCCAACUCCUGCACGAGUAUUACCUCCUGCAGGUUCUAUUGUGGCGCUGGAGUGAAUCACCAUGUACGUCAAUCUCGAGUGGGAGUAUCCAGCUCAUAGCCAGAUGACCAAACAUUUAAUAGCUGGACGCUUGCGCCGCAUGGGUCACUUCUCUGCAAGUCAAACUGUAGGAUAUAUGAGAGACAAAAAAUUUUAGGAUGCUACAGCUGCAGUCACCAGCAUGGCCUAAGUUAAAAGACAAAAAAUGUAUCUCAAACCAAAACCAGAUGGUUUGAGAGGUUGCUUGUUAUCAGCUGAAUGUACCUAAAGCAAAAUUUUAAAUAUUUGAAAUGAAAUAUUAUGGCACUUUCUGUUUUGGUAGGGCAAUCAGUUUAUGUAGUGCUUCAUUGUUCAUACUUCUGAUUUAAUUUUAAGAACUCAAUUCUCAUUCAAACCAAGGAAAAAAAACACAUUAAAAGACACAUUAUGAAGGUGAAACCCCAAUUAUUGUGCAAUGUUACCAUCUUGUUUCUGCCUUUCCUUUCACCCUUGUUUACUAUUUUUGAGAUAGCCUAUUUUAUUUUCUUUGUUGUCAGCACAUGAUGGGACAGCAUUGUAGAGAGAAAAAGAGAGAACGCUUGUUAUAUUAGGUGAAUGAUUAGUGUGACUGUGGAUGAGUGUUUGUUUGUGUGUGUGAGAGAAAGCAGCAGUGAUUCUUUGUUCCCACCUAUCCUCUGAACUUUGGUGCCUGGGAUGUACUCAGUUCCCUUAUAUUUAGUUGUUAAUGUGGAAUGCUCAGACCCAGUAUGUCCUUUUUCUUUAUUAGUUUAUCUUUGACUGAGUUGAAUCUUUUCACUACAAAUCAGGAAGUGUGAAAGAUAACAGUAUUUUGUGUCAAGGUUGUAAGUUUCCUGUUUUUAGUCCUCUGUGUAUUUUAAAUAUGCAUGAUUGUCACUGUGAGGGUUUUUUGUCAUCUUUGCUUUGGCCUUGUAAAUACUUUAUAAAUAUGUUCUUCAAUGUUUUAUAAGCUUCUGGCAUAUGUUUGUCAGAACUUACUGCCAAGUUUUUUCAUCAUAGUACUAUACCAAUACACUACUCUUAUAGAUUGGUGGCCAUUUUGAGUUGUGUUUGCAUUGAAGAGAAGACUCAAAGAGAAGCACUGUAUGUUUUGUCUUUAAAAAAAGGAUAAAGUAUGUUGAGUCUUUCAAUGUUUUAACAUUUUAUUGUGAUAAUUCAAAGUCAAAAUCAAGACUCAUACAUGUGUAUGAUCUACCCAAAUCAAUAACCAAAAAGAAUCUUUACGAGCUAUGUAAUUAGGGAAAACAGAGAUUUUAUGCUAAGAUUUAUGAAUUGACUUUCAACUACAUUAUUUUAUGUACUUUUAUUUUCUUUUGGAAAUUUUAUUAAAGUUAUAGAAAUUAAUAUAGCAAUUGCAUAAAUGGAUAUCUUUAGCUAGCCUUUCAACAGCAAAGAGCACUGCAGAAAAUUUUCUUUAUUUUCAGUGGCUUUCCGUGUGUCUUCAUCAGUCUGAUAAUAUUGUAACUGUCCUUGAUAAGAAUUAGUUUGUAAACUGUGUAUAAUACAUUCAUACAAAUUA